AUGGCUAAUACUUAUUACAUUAAAGUUUACUAUACAAAACAAAAUCAACAACAACCUGAAAUUCGUCGAUUUGCGAUUGAUAUCUCACCCGAAAAUGAUAUUUAUCAAGAAUUAUCUGCAAAGAUUGCAUCAUUUCAAUCGGAUAAUCAAUUAAAAGAUUUUACUCUUCAAUAUAUUGAUGAAGAAAAUGAACGUAUUACAUUCAGUUCAAAUGAUGAAUUACGUUCAGCAAUUGCUUUUAAUAAGGAUGCAAAUACUUUAAAGGUUUUUGUUACAAUCAAUCAAACAGUCCCUCAGCAACAGGAAAAUACAACUAAUCAAGAAUGUCAUGCUGGUGUUACGUGUGAUGGUUGUAAUGGUCCAAUUACUGGAUUUCGUUACAAAUGUUUUGUUUGCCCAAAUUAUGAUUUAUGUGAAAAAUGUUCAUCAGCCGGUAUUCAUUCGGAACAUAAUAUGAUUAAAAUAACCAAAUCAGGAAGUUUUCCUCAUACAAUUGGUUCACAACAAAAUAGUUUUCAUGGUCGUCGUCAACGUCGUACACCACCAUUUGUACCAAAUGGUCAAUUUAUUGAACAAAUUCAAGCUCAAAUUCCUCAAUGGUUACCUAAUCAACAAAAUACUGCUCUUUUUCGUGCUCAUAUGCAACAUCAUCUUGAUUCAAUAAAAGCUAAUACACAAACACAUAUGCAAAAUUCAAAACAAUAUCUUGAAAGUGUUGGACAAUAUUUACAAAAAACAUUAUCACCAUUUGGUAUUGAUUGUGAAUAUCAUGUUGAUGAACAAACAACUUCAACAAACCAACAAGAAGAACAAGUUCCAACAGAAAAUCAACAAGAAGAACACGUUCCAACAGAGAAUCAAGACGAACAAGUUCCAGUAGUUGAAACUGAUUCUACACAUGAACCAGAUGCUGUACCAAAAUAUACAAAUUUAACUACAAUUAUUAAUAAUAAUGAAGAACAAACUGCAAGUGCAUCAGUACCAGUAGUUGAAGAAUCAACAAAAAUAACAAAUCCAUUAGAAAAAGCAAUUGAUGAAUGCUUAGAAAAAAUGAAGGCAAUGGGUUUUACGGAUAGCAAUGGUGCAUUACGUGAACUUGUUCGUUCAAAACAAGGUGAAAUUAAUGCAGUACUCGAUGCAAUUAAUCCGCGUCAUUAUCAAUCGUAA